AUGCAAGGUCGGUGCAAUGGCGGCAACUGCCGCCGUUGCAUCUUCUCCACCACGGUGGUGAGGUCUUUGCGGUUCAGAAACCGUGCUGCGUUUUGGAGAGCGAUGACCUCUAAGAUGGCAUUUCCGCAGAAGGAGAUCAAGGAGAAAUCUGUUUCGAAAACAGAGAAGAAUGGUGAGGUUGAUGUCUCAAGCUAUUGUGGCAUUUCAAGGCCUAAGAUUGUGAGGAAAGAUGGAACUGAGUGGCCUUGGAACAGUUUCGUGCCAUGGGAAACGUAUCAUGCAGACACGGCAAUAGAUCUGAGUAAGCACCAUGUGCCUAAGACAUUUGUGGAUAAAGUAGCAUACAGGACAGUGAAACUCCUUCGUAUUCCAACUGAUAUAUUUUUUCAGAGAAGAUAUGGGUGUCGUGCAAUGAUGCUGGAAACAGUGGCAGCUGUUCCUGGUAUGGUGGGAGGGAUGCUACUGCAUCUAAGAUCUCUCCGCAAGUUUGAGCAUAGUGGUGGCUGGGUCAAAGCAUUGCUUGAAGAAGCAGAAAAUGAACGGAUGCACCUAAUGACCAUGGUAGAGCUUGUGAGGCCCAAAUGGUAUGAGAGGCUGUUGGUCCUCACUGUGCAGGGAGUCUUCUUUAAUGCCUUCUUUGUGCUUUAUGUGCUCUCCCCCAAAGCGGCACAUAGAGUUGUUGGGUAUCUGGAAGAGGAGGCUAUACAUUCAUAUACAGAGUUCUUGAAGGAUAUUGAUAGUGGUGCAAUAGAAAAUGUCCCAGCUCCUGCUAUUGCUAUAGACUACUGGAGGCUUCCCAAGGACGCAACCCUGAAGGAUGUUAUAACUGUGAUCCGUGCUGAUGAAGCUCACCAUCGAGAUGUCAAUCAUUUUGCUUCUGAUAUUCAUUUCCAGGGAAAGAAAUUGAAUGAGGCACCAGCCCCUAUUGGUUACCAUUAAUGACGCCUAUCAAACUUUUGUGCAUAGCAUUUACUAUGAAUGAUAUGGAUGUUUAUAUGGUUGUAUGAACUUGGAGAGGUGACAGAUAUAUACAACCUCGAAGAUUAGAAUAAAAUGUAUUUUUUUACCGGUAAAA